AAGUUUAUUGGCCCCACGCGUCUAGACUGAAGAGUUUAUCUGUAAUACCUUAUCAGUCAACUAAGAUUCAAAAACAUACGACGCAAUAUUGUUUGAGAUUAAUAAACUGUUUAGAAAACCGCCCAUUAGCAUAUCGCUGGGUAACCCUGUGAGUUUAUCGAUCAAACAAAGGCUAUCAGUAAACUGUACAUGUGCUGAAGUGUACAUUCUCUGCCCCCGGUGAUCUCAAAAUCAUGGAGAAGCCAGAAAAGAUCGAACUGGUAUACGAAUACAAAAAACGCAGGAAAGAAUUUGGAAGACAAACAUUAUUCGAAGAUAGCGGUCCCGAACUGAUAGUGAGCAUUCCCAAUAACCCGGCGCAUUAUCCAGAUUACAUUCUGCGAAAUCCGGUGCAUGUUGCCAUACAAAAUACAUGCACUAUGUCUGAACACUGGGUUAAUUCUGUGAGAGCUGAAUACACAAGUUCUGGCAUAAGCCACGUAGAGGGAGGCUGGCCAAAAGAUAUUAACAUGAGUGAUCCCGAAGCAACCCAGAGAUAUCGACGAAAAAUCGAAAAGGAUGACGCUUAUGUUCAUGCUGUCAUGCAUUUAGGACAUAGUAUGGAACACAAUAUUCUUCAAAAUAAUGCAGUGGACAUGUAUGAGACCUACUGUACCGAGUUGCCGGCCAUCCCACCGGUUGAAAACAGUGGCUGUCACACUGUCAACGUGUACCGUGAGCCCGAUGGCAGACGACCGAUCCGGUCUCUGUCGUGGCAAGCUGAUGGAGGAGCCAAGUUAGCUGUAGCUCACGCCGACAUAGAGCUGACGAGGAAUUCCAGAAACCCUCAGUACUCCUACAUUUGGGACAUCGAGAACGCAAAUGCUCCAGAGCUGGUUAUAAGGCCACCGCAGCCGUUAUUAGAUCUAAUUUACAAUCCUCGUGAUCCUCAUCUUAUAAUUGGAGGGAUGAUGAACGGUCAGGUCGGUUGGUGGGACACACGCAAAGGCGGAGACCCUGCCGGAGUCUGCCCACCUCAUGUUGCACACCGUGACAUAGCAAGAAAUGUACUAUUUAUCAAUUCCAAAAUCGGAGCGGAAUUUUUCUCCUCAUCACCAGAUGGUGUUGUUAAAUGGUGGGAUACUCGGAAUAUGAGUGAGCCAACAGACUCCAUGAUCAUUGAUAUUGUUAAAUCAGUAACUGAUACACAGUCCAUCGAUAAUGCGAUUGGAAUAUCAGCUCUUGAAUAUGAGCCAACAAUUCCUACAAGGUUCAUGGUAGGAACAGAAACUGGAUUAGUGAUAGGAGGUAACCGAAAAGGAAAGAAUUCCGUCGAAAAACUUCCAACAAAGUACGAGGCACAUCUCGGUCCUGUAUAUGCGCUGCAAAGGAACCCGACAUUCGUUAAAAACUUCCUAACAGUGGGUGACUGGACAGCUCGAGUUUGGAGCGAAGACUGCCGCGAAUCGGCUAUUCUAUGGACUUACUCCCACCGUACUAAACUGACUGAUGGUGCUUGGAACCCUAUCAGAUUUUCAUUGCUGCUGGUAACACAAUGGGAUGGUUGCCUGUCGUGUUGGGACUUAUUACGGAGAAGGAGCGCUCCAUUGGUUACUGCACAAGUAUGCGAUGAACCGCUGCUGCGCCUGCGUCCGCAUGAAGGAGGUCUUUUAGUAGCAUGCGGCAGUAGCAAAGGAACAGUAUACUUGGCUGAGUUGUCCGAAAAUCUUGGAACGGCAGAUAAAAAUGAUAAACAACUCUUAACUCACGUUUUAGAUCGCGAGAACAAAAGGGAGCGUAUUCUAGAAGCUCGGAUGCGCGAACUUAGAUUGAAGAUGCGUCAAGGCGGGAACGCGGGCGAACCAGCCGUUGAAACUGAUCCAACCUCUAAUGACCGAGACCUUGAAGAGGCCACUACGGAGUAUAUGCAGACUAUCAACGAUCUGCAGGCACAACAGAAAACAGAAACCUAAACCAUGUUUUAACAAAUAAAUAUGAGAAUUAAAACAGCAUGCUUAUUAGUAGUUCUAAAUAAAACAAAUUACGUUUUUA